AUGUCAACUCUUAAGGCUGCUAGGGCAGACAACUUUUAUUAUGCCCCGGAUACGGAGAAUCCACCAGAACGCAAAAUUAAGCGGAACCCCAAACCAAAAAAUCAUUUCACAAAUAUUUUAGCACCUACCUCAUCCAUUUACAGUGAAUCAGCUCGUCCUGAUGGAUCGCUCAUCCGUUUUGAAAUGCCAUUUAAGAUCAUCUGUACCAAAUGUAAUGAGUAUAUAGCAAAGGGGGUCCGAUUUAACGCUAAGCGCCGUGAAAUUGGUAUGCAUUAUACUACGGUAAUCUAUUCAUUUACUAUUUAUUGUAAAUCGUGCACAAAUCCUAUUGUCAUUGAAACUGAUCCCGAAAAUACGGAAUACGUAGUCAAAAUAGGCGCUAGGAGGAAGGUAGACACGUUCGAUACCAAAGAUGCAGGGACUUUGACUUUGGGUGCGACCAUUGAAGAAAAGCAAUUACUGGCAACAAAUCCCAUGUUCAGACUAGAACAUCAGUUAACCAGUGGUAACAUUGAAUUGCCUGAGAUAAAAGAUAAAACAGUGAAUGCUGAUGAGUUUCAGAACAGCAUUAGUGACGGUGUGACUGAAAAACAACGGAUUACUAUGCUACAAACCCUCAGCAAUGCCAGGAGCGGUGACAGUUAUAUAGCAAACUAUGCUUUGAGACGUAAAUUCAGGCAAGAAAAGAAGGCAUUGAUACAGGACCGCAAAAGACUUGAAAAUUUUAGUUUGCCAUUGGCAGAUCCAGUGUCUAAUGACGUUACCAAACAAAUAUCGUUUGUGAGUGAAAACAAGAAGAUGAUGAAACAUAUCAACACCAUGGUCAAAUGCAAGGGAAAUUCAUUGUUUGGCGUCAAAAAAACAUCGUGUUUGGGUAAGAAGAAGCAACAAUUGGAGGUUGUCAGACAUAUCGCAUCUAAAAUUCGCACUAGAAUUUGA